ACCCCAUCUCUCCCUGCUUCUGGACUGUGAGACUGUGGGGAAAUCUCUUAAUUGUCAGAGCCUCAACCUCCCACUGCCAGCCUGGCUCAUUGCCAGGCUGGGGCCAAGUUGAAUUGAGAGCUUGUGGAUGGAGGAUGUGCUGGGUGCCCUGUGGCUGUUGUAGUGCAAUGGAGCCUCCAAGGGGCCCGAGGAAGCCUCUGUCGUGGAGGAGAGCCAAGUCUCUGGACAGGCUGCAGAACGCCCAGAAGGAUUCAGAGUCGUGGGACUGCCAGGGCCCUUCCCUGCCCACCGGCCCCUUCAGGGAAGGUCUUUGUCGGACGGCCAGUGAUGGGACCAGAUGUCUCAAGAGUCUAGUUCAGUCUGUGGAGGCUCAGGACACCACAGCUGCUGCCCCCAGCCCAGAGGAGACCAAGGACCUUCUCAGUGAGCAGAGGCCUCAGCAGGACGCCAAGAAGGACAAGGCCCAGUGGCAGGCCCCGCAGGGGUGGCUGAGGUUUGUGGUGAACUUAUUCUUCAGGAUGAGCCCUGAGGAGCCCAAGGAAAAGACCAACAAGAAGGCAAAGGGGAAGGAGGGCCCCCCUGAGCCCGCAGAACCCCCCGAGAGCCUGGGCGAGCCAGCUCCCAGGAAGAAGGCCCACAGCAAGAAGGCCAGCCGCAAGAAACACAGUCAAAGGCAACACGGUGUGGAGGAGGCCAGGGGGACCCGAGACCAGGAGGCCGAGAGCCAAGAGGCCAAGGCGGCUGAGGCCUCAUGCGGCGAGGGGGCUAACCUGGGCCCAGCAGCCAGGGAGGAUAUCAUCAUCGAGAAGAUAGUGCAGCUGCUCCAGAAAGUGGGAGACGAGUGGGAGGAAGAGCAGCAUCAAGCCCUUCAGCCUGUGGUGACCCCACGAAACCCAGCACCAGUCGUCAAGAAGAAAUCCCAAGAGAAAAUGUCCAGCCUUAAGAGAGCGUUUUCUUUUAAGAAAUAUGGCUCGGAGGAACCCAAGAGAGCAGGGGCCACCCAUGUUUCCAGCCCAGGGUCCCGGCAGCCCAAGAGGCCCAACUUUCUGCCCCUGUGUGUAGGCGGCCAUCGGCCCUCCAGCUCCAGCCUCCCCGAUGUGGAAGAACCUGAAGUCCAAGAGGCUCUACCUACAGAUGGUGGACAUCCAAGUCUCUUUGAGCUUCGCACCCCAGCAGAAAGUGGGGGACCCGACGAGGAACUGCAGCAGGACAGAGCCGCAGAAUUCAAAGAUUUCGUCCAGAAGGUCAUUGCCCUACUCCAAGAUGCAGAGGAGCAGUGCAGAGACAAGCAACUUCAAGUCCAGGAGCCAGAGGUGGCUGUAGAAAACUUGGCCCCAGCCUGCAGGAAGAAACGCCAAGAGAGAAAGUCAAACUUCAGAAAAGCCUUCUAUAAAAAACACAGCUCCAAGGACCCCAAGAGAGCGGGGGCUGCAGGUGCUGCCAGCCCAGACUCCCGGCCACCCAAGAAGCCCAGCUUUCUGCCCCUGUGUGUUGGUGGCCAUUGGCCCUCCGUCUCCAGCAACUCUGAUCCGGAGGAUCUCGAAUUCCAGGGGUCCCCACCCACAGAAGGGGAGCCAGUUGGAGCCCCAGAAGCACCCUUCCAGGCCAGAAGCCACAAGCCAGAAGUGGGACCUCAGCCGGACGGAGCAAAUGAAUCCAAGGAGCUGAUCAUCCAAGAGCUGGUGGCCCUUCUCCAAGAAGUGGAUGGCCAGUUGGGAAAGCAGAUCAAGCGACACCCCAGCUUUAAGAAAUUUUUCUACGAGCCCUCAGCCUCUUCCCUCAGAAAGCUGGUAGCCACGCUGCGCAACCAAGAGGCCCACACCACUGAGCCCAAGAGAACCUACCCAUUUGUCUUUGGCUUGGGAAACCAGGGUCCUGGCAACAAUUACCACACCGUCCUCAGUCUCACAGGCCUACACUACAGGACACCCAGUUGCGGCCAGUUCCCGUACGAGGAGGCCCAGCAGAGCAUCACAAGUUUUCAGAUCCAGAGUCCAGACUGAAAGCUGUGCUUUGCACUCAAGUUCCCUUGAACUAUGCAAACAUUGGUAGCUUCAGCCAGGAAACCCUGAAAAUGCUCCACGUUUUCCCAGUCCAGUCCUUCACAGACAUGACUGAGGACGAGAGUGGACAGCCAUUCUGUGUCCAUGCACCAUCGUGGGCUCAUUGAGACAGAGAAAGAACAUGGUGUUCGUCUACAAAACUGGAGGCAAAGGCCAUGGGGGAAAAUGCACUGGACUGGGAAUUAGGAGACCAGGACUCCACCAGCUGACCUACCUCCAAACUUGCUGCAAAACCCUGUACGAGUCCCACGUCCCUUCUCGUCUCCAGACCUUGGAUUCUGGGCUGGAUUAGAGACCCAUCAGAUCCCUUCUGGUUGUAUUAUGCUAAAAUAUCUCUAAAGAGAGAUAGCAAGUGCUUUCACUCUGUGGCUAAAUAUACCCACCCCACAUAGCUGGAGGCAAUCUUUAAGUACUGACCAAAUGAAUGAAUGAAUGAAUGGAAUGCCUGAGAUUCAGGCAAUUCUGCCAGACAUUCUCUGGGAGGCCUUGGUCCUCAACUGGAAUUGUGAGACCAACGGUUCUCCUCUGAAUUGGUAGGUAGAGAGGAAAUGGGGGAGUUACCUCAGUAGGCGUUGGUCUAGAGCCUUGGACCAGGAAUAAAGGCCUCUGCAUUCUGGGGCCAACCUUAGGGCCUAGUGCUGACUCAUGUGCCCUUGUUUGCUUGUUUAUCGUGCGUUUUCUUGGUUCAUCAGGGCUAAAAAUAUGCCCAUGCCAUGUAGAAGAGCUGCUGAUACUUUUUUUCAGAUGUUAGUUUUUUAAACAAAUCUCUUGCUUC